AUGGCCGACGACGAGUCUAGUGAGCUCUCAUCCGUGUCUUCUCUGUCGGAUGCACCUCCUUCUGAAGACGAGGGCGGCAUUGAGCUGAAGAAGGAGAAGGGCAUUUUGAAGUUCUUCCAUAAGGUCAAACCUGGCCAAGCGACCGAGAAGAAGACCAAACCCGAGACACCAGCACGACCACCGUCGCCCGACCACGAAUAUAUUCUCGCGGACAAUCCAGACAUUGCACAGUUCUUGACAAUGUUUCGGUCACGAUUCCACGAUGCAUUCCCCAAGUCGAUGCCCUCUUUUGGCCCACAAGAGCUGGAGCGGGACGUUACAGAGCCAGUAGUUGGCCAGCGAGCCGAGCACUUCCUCUGCGCGAUCUUGGGUCUCCUACUGAAUCGAAAGAACGACGUGAAGCCUGGACACUACAACAGAGCUCUGGAAGAUGCUAUUUCAACGCACAAGAGCCAAUGGCCCAAGGAAUGGAAGGAAAAAAGCCCGUUGUCGGGCGGGGGAUCGUUUGCUGCUAUGGACCCGACCGAGAGGCUUAGACUCUUGCGAACGCUCGUUCUCUGGACACUAUCAUCUUCAGAGGUGGUCAAGGGCAUCAUCAACCAAUCGUACAAGCAGACUCGACACGAUGAUGACCUUAACCAACCUCUUUCGGUGCAGCCGUGGGGCUCUGAUAGCGACAAGCGACGGUAUUUCCUGAUCGAGGGUCUCGACGACACCAGUUUCCGCGUCUACCGCGAGAGCAACCCUGUCGGUUUCAACAGAACGUGGUGGAGUGUCGCUGGGAGCAUCGAGGAGCUCAAUGCUCUGAGCGACAAGCUCAUCUCGCUCGACGGAGGGCCGAAGGCGAAGAGGCUUGCUCAGCAGAUGAUGCUAGCCGUUCCUCGAUUUGAGGCCACAGAGGAGAAGCGAAGGCGGCGCGAAUACCGCCAGCAGCAAAAGGAGCGCUUCAAGCGUCCCGAGCCUGGCUUCUCCAUGUACGAAGGUCGGACGAGAGGUAAACGCAUGAAGUAUACCUACUCUGAAGACGAGGAUUUCUUGUCGGAUUCUACGGGCGUUCGCCGCUCUACGCGCAAUACCGGAUCCAACACUCCCGCAGAGCCUGCCGGUCCUGUCACUACGGCGAGUGGACGCCAGAUCAAGGCACCUUCCCGCAUGACGGUCGAUGCCUCGAACAACAUUGUCACAACCAGCCCUGAACGAGAUGAGGAGGCCAAAGCUACAUCGAAAGAGUCAUCUCUCGGACCAACAGGCCGUCCCAGACGGUCUGCCGCUGUGAAUCACGGUACCAACGGCUGGGCGUCGACCCGAACUCGAGGGUACAACUCCAUGGACGAUGAGGACGAAUCUCCAAGCGAGCCGGACCUUGGUGAUGACGAAGAAGAGGAGCAUGUUCCAGACGACAGUAAUGAGGAGGAAGAAUUCGACGAGGAAAUGGCCGACGAAGAUGACCUGGGAGACGCCCCUUUAAAUGACAAUCCCAAGAGCAUGGUGGUCAAGCUCAAGGUGCCGAGUAAAGAAGCCCAGGAACGCAACGGAUCGAAAGUCAACUUUGACAAGUUUCGGUACAAUGGGUCAGACUCGAAGACUGACAAAGCGGCGGCAUCUGAAGCCAUGAAUGACGAGAAGACGGAGGAAUCCAUCUCGGUUGCGCCUCGGAAACGGGCCACACCAGAUUCCACUGUCCAAACUUCGCGAGGCUCUUUUGGGUCUACUGAACGACUGCCUCCGCCGACACCGGCAUCGAACUCGCUGCAUUCCACGUCUUUGGCUUAUAGGGAAAGCCCAGACAAGCUGCAGGCGAAACCGGUCUCUCGAGUCGAGGCGGAAGAAUAG